AUGUCCUGGUUCUCUCGCAGCACCGGCGGAAACUGGGGAGGGCGCUUCUCACCCUUCGGGCGACCAGGCAACUCACCAAAUGCCGGGGUCGUCAAUGACUCGGAUUUCUCAUACAUUACGAACGAAGAUCUGCGAAGGAACGGUCAGGCGCAAGCGCCUGAAAUCGUAGAUUGGGACGACAAGAACCCGGAGCGGGAGACAGACGUUCUCAUCUUCAAGAAUGGGCGCACAAACUAUCCCACACACUUCCCGGCGCACAGCAUACGGGAUGGAGAUCUGAAGAUUGGCACGGUGCGCCAAGCGGCUGCGAAGAAGCUAGGCGUCGAUGACCAUCGGCGCAUACGCAUGUUCUACAAGGGCAGAAACUUGAAGCACGAUGAACGCACCGGACGAGAGGAAGGCCUUCGCGGCGAUGGGAGUGGUAGUGAGAUUCUAGUCACAGUCGGCGAGACCCCGGCAGGCGGUCUGGCACCCGGCGCAGGAGAGACACAACGCGCAUACGGUAGCGAAGGUGAGGAUGAAGAUGACGACGAUGAAGAUGAUGUCGACUCGGGUGCGAAUACCACAAGCAAGAAGAAGUCCCGCAAGCGCGGCGGUAGGAAGGGUAAGAAGAAGAACGCUUCAUCCGCAAACGCAUCUGGCACUUCAACGCCUGGCUACACCACUGCCGGCGCGGGCGCGGAAUACCUCCCCAUCCCCUCGCACAUCAACGCAACCCCGCGCCCAACCUCCGCUCCUCCCUUGAAUACCAAACCCGCCGAACCCCAGACCCCGAUCGGCAAACUCGAUGCCAUCGCUAGCAAGUUUCACACCGAAUUUGUCCCCAUGUGCGUACAGUUCAUGGCUGGACCACCAGAGGACAAGGCGAAGAGGACGUUCGAGUACAAGAAGCUAAGUGAGACUAUCUUGACACAGAUUAUCUUCAAGCUGGAUGGUGUCGAGACUGAGGGUGAUCCAGACGCGAGGCUCAAGCGCAAGGCCCUCGUCAAAGAGGUCCAGGGCAUGCUAACCAGGCUGGACGAGGUUGGAAAGGCUGGUUAA